UCAGUUGGCAUAAACAGGAAUCAAAAACUGUCUCUGUUCUGACUGAGAAUGAGUUUAAUUAUUCCUUCAGAUUAGCGCAUAUCCGAGUCGAGUCACGUUAAUAAUCUAUAGGUGGAGGAGGACAAGACGGAAAAUAAAAAAAGCAAGAAGCACUUCCACUUGAAAGUUAGAAGUGUUAAGUUGCACCUUGUCGUGUAUUUGGAAUUUUCACCCGUUGAUUUAGAUUCGGUUUGUGGGUUGAAUUUUAAUCGAGACUCUUUUCACCUUUUAUCUUAAUCAGAUGUAAGAGGCGGUAUGGGUAGGGAUUGGAGGGGUCUGGCAGCAGGUCUCGUCUCGCUCGCCUUCCUCGUAGCCUUGACUCACCUGGCUCUUUACGAAUCGGAUGUCGUCAAAUCGGAAAAACCAACAUCGCAGACCUCGCCGCCUCCGAUAGCCGUGUUUCGCACUACACCCGUGCUGUUCCCGACCUCCUCGUCUGCCCCGUCCCAAGUCGCAGCUCCAAAACUGCACUUCAGACGGACGAGUCGCAGGCUUCCUCAGGCGAUAAUCAUCGGUGUGAAGAAGUGCGGGACAAGAGCCCUUCUUGAAAUGCUCUAUCUUCAUCCAGGAGUAACGAGAGCAGCUGGUGAAAUACAUUUCUUCGACAAGGACCAAAAUUACAACAAAGGCUUGGACUGGUAUAGAAAAAGAAUGCCACACUCGUUCAAAGGGCAGAUAACUAUUGAGAAGUCGCCGAGCUAUUUCGUCACCCCUGAGGUCCCCGAGAGGAUACGCGCUAUGAACUCGAGCGUGAAACUGCUUCUUAUUGUCAGAGAGCCAGUCACAAGGGCGAUAUCUGAUUACGUCCAACUGAAAACCCACGCAGCAACAGCGGCAUCGCCGACGCCCCAAUUCAAGCAAUUGAGCUUCGAACAACUUGCAAUACACGGCGACGGGUCUGUCAAUAUUGCUUACAGGCCGAUAGCGCUUUCUCUUUAUCACAUCUACAUGCACCGCUGGCUCGAAGUCUUUCCGAGGCAGCAGUUGCUCGUCGUUAACGGGGACAGACUGAUCGAAGACCCCGUAUCGGAGCUGGAAAGGAUCGAAAGCUUCCUGGGGCUCGAGCAUCGCAUAAGUAGGCAAAACUUCUACUUCAACAGGACGAAAGGCUUUUAUUGUCUGAGGAACGGGACUGAGGACAAAUGUUUGAGGGAGAGUAAAGGGAGGAAACACCCCAGAGUGGACCCAAAGGUCCUAACGAAAUUGAGACGCUUUUACGUAGAGCACAACCAAAAAUUUUACGAGCUCGUCGGUGAGGAUUUAGGCUGGCCGGAGAAGUAGCGGGCAGAGCUGAUCAAAAUUGCCCUAUGUCAAGCAACAACACAAAAAGUUCUUUCUUUCUAUUUUUCAAAAAAAAAAAA